UGAUUUAUGAUGCCAUUUUUGAGUACUACCAAAAUGCGUACUUGGAAUUUGCCAAAAACAGAUCAAGAUACAAUUUUAUGUUUUCAGGAGCGAAAUAUUUUAUCAAAAACAGGAAAUGUGAACUUAAACAAGAACCAACCUGGCCGCCGUCACAUCUACUGUAAGAGUUCGCAUUGGUUAAAAAAUCGUUAAUAUUGAAGGAACUAAUAGGGAAUUCGUAUAAGCGUUUUUAAAAAUGAAUAGAAGAAGGUCUAAAGUAUAUUAAGAAAAUGUAUUUAGAUUUUAAAGUUUUUGUUUGUUGAGGAAGGCAUCCAUGUUGGGUGGGAGCUGCUGCGAUGGAUCUUGAUCAACAGUUGCGGUGGCGUUAAUAUGAAAGUACCCGUAAACGUGAAAUCAACGUCAUUCCAGCCUUAAGACAUGUUCACGUUGCAAUUUCUGGUUAGUGAACUACACCACUACACAUUUGUUAGGAAUGUAUGCCAAAUCAUUAAACCAUGCUGAAAUAUUAGCACUCAUCAUUACAUGCUUUGUUCGGUUGCUACUUCACAGGUGUCAAGCUUAAAUAGUAUUUGACCCACAAGUAAAUUUUUUUUUAACAAAUUAUUUCAUUUGUGAUGGACUACAUUACAUGGAAACCAAAUCUUUUUUUUUUGUUUGAAACAUAUGUAGGUACCGUAGGUAUCUUAACAAAAACUUUUAUCAGAAAAUUUACAAUAGCAACAUUGGAUUAAGUAGUUAUAUGUUAAUGUUAGCGGAAAAUUGAUUUCAUGUAACUUACAGUUUUUGUUUUCAUGCAGGCUAAAUUAUCUUGGUGAAAUCAGGCAGUUUUAUUUAUCCUUCAUGUAUCAAGUAGUGGAGUUUGACACUGAUAGUGGAGGAGGGGUUGGAAUUAUCCACUCUAAAUGGCUAACACCAAGAAAGAAAGAGUGUUUUUGGCCACCUUUUAAACAUUCUCAACAGUACAAUAAAUGUCUCAGUGGCGGACAGCAUCCUUGUGAAAAAUGGAGAAUUUGUGCUUUGAAGAGAAAAUUCUACAUUACUGAUGACAUAUUAAAGGCCAGAGAAAAAUUGAAAGAUGCAGAAUUUGAAUCUGACAUUGCAACUGAAUAUGAGAAUGAAUCCUCACAGAAAAGGAAGAAAAGGCCAAACAGAAGAAUUUUAUACAGCAGUGACGAAAGUAGUAGUGAUGAAUAUGACACAAAUAACCAGCUAGCCCACAAGAAGUAUCCAUCUCCACCAGAUGUGGAAGUGGCUGAAGUGCCAGUGGCUGAGUGUCAAAGGUCUGUGAACACACCGUCCAACUCAGCAGAUUCUGUGUUCACUAGAGACUCUCGUCCUUCUCGCAGAAGUGUUAUUAAUUCAGAAUCGUCUUCCUCAAUUCUUUGUUCUGUGGAAAAUGAAAAUACUGUUAAUACUCAAGAUGUUACUGUGUCAGAAGAUUCCACCAGAGAGCAAGUUGGUUUACAAGUGAUUGCUAGACAUUUGGCCAAAAUUGAGAAGCAUUUGGAUGUUAUUCAGCAAUCUGUAUCAGAAUUAUUAAAGCAGACUUUACCAGACACUGUACAGAACAUAAAUAUUUUACCAGAAGAGUUGACUCUUCCAUGCGAGACUGAAGAACAACUCAACAAAGUGGAAGAAUGGAUAUCAAUCCCAGAAAAUAAGAUAUGUAUGGAAACCACACUUGCUACAGUUGGAGGGAGAAAAGCUGAUCAUGUUGUGCGCCAUAUACUAGAGAGACUAUUCACAAAUAGAUCGGCAUUAAAAUACAAUUGGACAGGAAAAAAUCAGAAGAUAGCAUUAAAAAAUCUGCAGCUGAUGAAGAUUAUACCUGCUGCUGUUAGAAGAAAUAAAUCCACUAGCAACAUCUGUGAUGAUGAUGUGAAUACCAUUUUACGGAACUGGUUCAGUUUCGCAAAGGACAGGGAUGGAGGUCGAGCCAGCAGAAGACAGUCGGCUAAAUAGAAAAAGACAUUAGAAAAAUGUCUACUGUGGAAGUUCAAAGAGAACUAAUUCGCGAAAAGUGGCAGUUCGUUCAAAAGAAAUUUGUCAAGAAUUAUGUAAUGAAAUUCAGCACAAUUAUGUAAAUGUUACUGUAAACACACACACUAACAAUCAUGGUGCUGAUUCAAACAAUGCAGGUAUUUCUACAAAUAAUAAUGAUUACAUAUGCAGCAGUAUUAGUAGUAUAAGUAGUACUGAUGAUGAUUCUUCAGUUGAAGAAAUUGAAAAUUCUGAACUUAGUGCUAACAUUGUUCCUGUUGAACAAAAAUUAGUUGAUUGGAUGUACAGUUAUAACAUACCACAUAAUGCAGUUAUAACAUACCACAUAAUGCAGCAACAGCUUUGUUGCACAUUUUAAAACCACAUAUGUCAGGUCUGCUCCUUGAUUCACGCUCUUUGCUUCACACUCCAAGGUGCUCAGUAGUGGAUACACAUACCUCAGGCCUUUUCAAAUACUUUGGUGUAGAAAAAAAUCUAGUGAAAAGAGCCCUAACUGGAUUAAAACCUUGUCACUAUCCAUUGCUAAGAAACAUUUACAGGGACUAUAGUUCAGAAAAUAUGGUGACAAUUUCUGUUAAUGUUGAUGGACUACCAUUAUUUUCCAGUUCAAAUAAAUCAUUCUGGGUUUUGUUGGGUAUACUUGACCAGGCUGUUGACAGGUGUCCUUUUGUAGUUGCAGUAUAUUAUGGUGCAUCAAAGCCUUCAGAUGCUACAGAAUUUCUUCAGCCAUUUGUAAAUGAAUGUGUGUUCCUUGAAAGAAAUGGAAUAAAUAUAACAAACAAGCACUAUAAGUUUUGUGUCAGUUGUGUAAUUGCUGAUGCACCAGCAAGGUCAUUUGUGAAAUCUGUAGUUGGCCAUAAUUCACUAAAUGGAUGUGAGAAGUGUGUUCAAAAAGGGAAAUACUAUGGUAGAACAACAUGGCCGUACAAAAUUGAUUGUUCACUGAGGUCUGAUGAGAUUUAAAUACAUGGAAUACCCAUACCAUCAGAAAUCAAUAUCAGUGUUAUCUAGUUUGUGAUUAGGACUUGUGUCUCAGGUUCCAUUGGACUAUUUACAUUUCAUUUGCUUGGGGGUAAUGAAACGAUUGAUAUGCAUAUGGUGUGAUACUGGCCUUAGGAAAGGGAAGUUAAGUUCAAAAAGCAUUGAUACUCUUUCUAACAGAAUGCAGAUAUUGAGAAAGCAUACUCCUAAAGAAUUUUCUCGCAAACCAAGACCCGUGAAAUUGUUUAAAUUUUGGAAAGGUACUGAAUUCAGAUCUUUUUUGUUGUAUUUUGGACCAGUUGUUUUAGUUAAAGUUUUGCCCAGGAGUUUAUUUGAGCAUUUCAUGUUACUUCAUACGGCUGUUUAUGUUUUGGCAAGUGACAUCGGUGAACAAAACUCAUGGAGAAAGUAUGCAAAUGAUUUGAUGCAUGUUUUUGUCAAAGAAAUACCUGCAUUGUAUGGAAAGGAAGUACUUGUUUACAAUUUUCAUAAUUUGUUACACCUAGCAUGUAGCCAAUUUUGGUAAACUUGAUCACUUCUCUGCUUUCCCCUUUGAAAACUUCAUGAAAAAAAUUAAAAACAUGGUUCGUGCACCAAACAAUCCAUUGCAACAAGUAGUGAAGCGAUUAGGUGAAGAUGCGUCGUGUUGUUUAAAAACAACAAAACAGUCAUCUGUUGUCAAAAAUGUUGAUGGUUCAAUAAGGUAUGUUGUGUUUGGAGAUCGUAAUAAAUAUGUAAUAGGCACAAAUUAUUCAGAUAGUUGUUUCAUGACUGUGAACGGUGAAGUAAUUGUAGUAAAUGGAAUUAAAAAGGCACUCUCUCCAGGAAUUUACAGUCUUGAAUGUAGUCGCUUUGAGAGUAAAACUGAUUAUAAUAAGUAUCCUUUAAAAAGCAGUACUUUAAAAAUUUACUUAGUGGAUAAUCUUGUAAAAUACAGGAAGUUAUACACUACACAGUUAUAUCGUAAGUGUGUUCUUUUACCGGAUUUCAAUGAUAAUGCGUGUUUUUUGUGUAUACCAUAUUGUAAUAUGGAUGUAUUUUAUUGAAGUUGUCCUGUAAGCAAAUAUAAAUGUACUUCAUUGACAUCCUGGAAGCAUUUGUUUUAUCACAAACCCCACAGUUCAAUCAUGUGUUAUUUACUGGCUAGGAAGUUAAAAUAAAUGUAUGUUUUUGUUUUUUCUUACUUGAUGUUUUGUAUAGUUUAUAUUACUUCAGCUCCAGUGUUUUUAAAAAAUUCUUUAUUGCAGUUCCAGGGUCAAAAUUACUCUGCGAUUACAAUUAUUAUUUUAUUUUUUAAUACCUAUGCAGGAAAGUAGGUAAUAAUAAUGUUCCUUACACACUAUUACAGCUGAAUCUUGUGCAGCAAUAAUUUAACCAUGCAUCUUUUUUUUGUUAGCUUGUAAGUUAUGUAUUGUAAUAAAAGUAUUUUUUUC